UGCCUCGAUCGGGUCGGGGACGCCAUCUUUAAAUUUGUCAAAAAAGCGCCUGCCUGCCGCCGACUACUUUGAAGAAGCUUGUGUAUUAGAUUUAGGCUUAUUUCACUGAUAUUAUAAUUUUUUUUUAGUUUUUAAUUACUUAAAUACACACAAUAAUGUCUGGCGGUAGCGGUGGCAGCAGAAACGAGUGCAGGAUAUAUGUCGGGAAUCUGCCCCCUGACAUCAGAACAAAGGACAUCCAAGACCUGUUCUACAAAUUCGGCAAAGUUACAUUCGUUGAUUUGAAAAACAGAAAAGGCCCACCGUUCGCUUUCGUAGAAUUUGAGGACCCGAGGGACGCAGAUGACGCGGUGCGAGCUCGCGACGGCUACGACUACGAUGGAUACAGGCUACGGGUGGAGUUCCCGCGAGGAGGAGGUGGGGGAGCGCGCGGGGGCCGCUCGCAGGGUGACCGCUUCGGGCCGCGUCCCGCCGUCAGGGGGCCGCCCGCCCGUCGCUCGGAGUACCGCGUGAUGGUCACUGGGCUGCCGCCAUCUGGCUCUUGGCAGGAUCUGAAGGACCACAUGCGCGAGGCGGGCGACGUGUGCUUCGCUGACACAUUCAAGGAUGGCACUGGUGUGGUGGAGUUCCUGCGGCAUGAGGAUAUGAAGUACGCAGUCAAGAAACUGGACGACUCGAGGUUCAGGAGCCACGAGGGUGAAGUGUCAUAUAUCCGAGUGAAGGAAGACAGCGGCACCAGCGGCGGCGGAGGAGGAGGCGGCGGCGACAGGGACAGGUCUCGUUCGUACUCACCGCGCUCGCCGUCAUACGCGCGCCGCCGCGGCUCGCCCACCUACUCGCCCGUGCGCCGCUCGUACUCCCGCUCCCGCUCCCGCUCGCGCAACAACUACUGAGCACGCCCCUACUUGAGAGCGAGCGGCGGGGACUGCGCGGCGCUCGACAACUUCGGUACUCAUAAGGCUCGUUUUGAUGUAUUCACACACAGACAAACACACAUUUUCACAUUGUGUCAUGUAACCUUUGACAAUUAUGUAUAUUAACCAAAAAACUUGACUAAACAAACAACAAAUAUUUGUAUUUAAUAAGAGUAUUUGUUGUUUUAUAUUAUAUUAUAGUAUAGUUAUUGUCAAAAGAUUCAUGACUUUCCAAUUUUUAAAGUAAGUUAGGAUGGGGUUGUAUUUCAGAUAUACAUAAUAUAUUACUCUUCGUACUGAAGGCGAUUUAAAUAAGUGUGUAUAUUUAAAUUAAAAAAACUUAUGUUUUAAGAUAGUGUCCACUUAAACUAUAUUCAUAAUUAAAUUAGGAUAAGUUAUAUGAAUAAUAAUAUUAUUAAUUUCAAAAUCAUAUUUCUCUGUGUGACUUUUCAUUUGACUUAUGUUGUAUUUUUUAAUGUACUCAAUUUCGUGGUUAUUUUCUUUGACUGCCCAAUGGUACGACAGGUAUGUGGGUAAACUAAUGUCAUUAAAUAUAAUGAACCAUAUCAUGUGAAUGGAUUGUUUUCGCCAUCAGAAUGGAGGGUAAUCAAACAAAAAAUAUUAAUACUAGAUAUAACGUGUAUGUAUUAACUAUCUAUUAAGCAGUUGUAAACGUUUAUAAUUAAAAGCAUUUUCUUUUGUUUCAUCCUCUUUGGAUUGGAUCGUUGGAUGUGCUUGACUGGAGGUGUGCUGAAUGAGGAAAGGACAUAGGACAUACUCGGGAAACGAGGGAAGGACAUAGGAACGUACGGGAGCAUUAGGAUAGGACCCACGGAUAUAGGGAACCGGACGGCCGGGACUCCAGUCUUUCUUGUUAAAAACUUUUGGACAGGACUUUCCCCGGAUCGGACAGACUCUGGAGCCCGAAUCACAAGGAUCUAGGAUUCCCCUGGGUAUGAUUUUGAAAGUUUUAGCCAAUAAUACAAAACCAAAAAUGUUGAGUACGUGUACCAACGUAUGUGCAUUGGAAGUUAUACUUCUUUUUUUGUAAUUCUUAAGCUUUUAUUAAAUGAAAUUCUUCAUUAAAGAAUCUUGCUAACUGCACAUCGCCCACUAGGGAGUGAGUUUGGCACUGAAGCUAUCUUUGAAAUUUAUCGUCAUCAAAGCAUUAGUAAAUGACUAACUUCAUAAUUGUUUCCGUGUGUUUCUGUUCGCGCAUAUAUGUUGCAUGUUUUAUAUGUUGAAAGUUUGGUCAUGGCAGACAUGUUUGAAGAAGCAGCUUUAUGAAGUCGCUAUAUUUGAACAUGUAUAAUAGUGAGAUAACAUAAAAUUAAACUAAUUAUAUCUCCUAACAAUACCUAAAGAAGUAUAACUUCAAAAUAACUUUUUUGAGUGCACGCCUCUUCGUUAAGGAUAAUAAAAAAUUAAUAUGUUUGUUUGACCAUACCCUUGACUCACACUUUAUUUGCUUUUCGAUGUCUGCGUUACUUUCUUAGACGGCGCUCCUAUCGACAGAUCGACGCAGACAAAGAGGUUAAAAAUUCGAGCAAGCCUUAAACAUAUUUUUUCAUACAAAUUUAAACAGUUUUCUCUAUACAAAAUAAUGUCUAUACACAAUAUAAAUACAGUUUAAUAUUUUGCCAAGAUCUGAUAUGAGAAAAAAAAUUGUUUACCUAGUUUUUGUGUUAUCAUCAGAUCCGGAUUUGUCGAUUUUGUCACGUCCACAAUGACAACAACAAUAACAGGAUUUUAGUAAUCGAAUUUAUUUUCAUUUAGAAACCUUUAAAGUUGCAAGAAGUGUGUAUUUAUAUAGUUUCUCGAACAAGUUCCGCUUGGUCUGCGUCGACACAAACAAGUGUACAUCCUAACAGAUAUCGAUGUCAUUAUGUAACGAGCAUGCUUCAGCUUCACAUCCCGUACUCAGUGGCGAGUGACGAGCGACGUGCGACUGGCGACGGACGAAUGGGGACAUGUUCUGCGGUUGAUUCACUUUGUACUGCCACUAUACAUGAAAAAAACGAUGCCCAUUCCCAGCCCAGGCCUACCAUAACCACUUGGCAAUUUCCUUAUAUCUAAAAAAAUCAUUUACCUUUUAUUAAGUUCAAACGUUUGCUACGUCUUACGAAAUAUUUAAUUCAUUUUUAAUUUGUCCCUAACAACAAAGAUUGUUGAUUGACACGGCCUGAAUAUUACAUUUUUUGAAGACGUAUAGGUACCUAAUUGGUUUGUCUGUACUUUGUUAAGCUCGUAACAGAAAAAAAUAAUCAGCUUCAAAUGUUACUUCUGCUACGACGUACGCAGCAACCUUAGAGCGCGGUUUUUAAAACUGUCAGUACACGUCGUAUACAUGUUUUAUAGAAGUAAUGAUUGACUAUAUGCCAUCCUUGUUCUUUUUACUACACGUCAUACAAGUUAAAGCGCGAAAGGUAUAGUUAAAACAAUGUCAUAUGGUUAAAAUGAAAUACGCGCGAACGAGUGCUAUUAGGCAAAAUAAGGUUCCGCCACCGAUGAGCGUUGAAAUUUUUUGUCAAAAAAAGAAGCCGCCACUUUCAAAAUAACGACAUGUUAAAAAAAAUAGAAUUCAUUUAUUGAGCUUAAUAUUUUUUUUUUAUAAAUAAAUAGGGUGAAAAUGGCAAUUGUGCUGAAAUCGUCAAAGAUUUUGUUUUGCAACUCAUAUUGGCACUAUAAUGUGAAUCAACCUAUUAGGUUUUAACAUUUUUCAGUGUUAGGGUUUUGAAUUAAAAAAAAUAGAGUAAGGAAGUGAAAUGUACAAGAUGAAUUUUAAAAUUGCAUAAUUAUAUAUUUAUAUCAUAAUAUUUGAAUUGUAUUAAAUGUUAGAGCCGCCGUAACAGACUGCAGAGCGAGACUAAUGGACCUCCCUGGUUUCCAGGUUUAUGCUGUAUCUAUUUCACAUUAAGAUAUACAAAAAAGUCGCGCGAGCGUUUAUAAAUAAUCAUGUUGAGAGGAUUAUCCUCCAACUUUUCAUAUUAUACAAGCUGCUACAGUAGCUUUCACGUUAAUUAUAAUCUCUAAUUUAUUUGGGAUGAUAAAAGCAAGUUGCGCGAGAAUCGUUUGAAUGUCGAAAAUGUUACAGCAUAAACCAUCUGUAGUCUACGGUAGGAAGGAUUUGGAUUGUUGAGUCAAAUCGUGUAUCAAUAUUGAUGUGGUAGCUUAUGUGUGUAAAUUUAGGUACUGGACCUGCAUUCCAACACCGACAGAUGGACUUGAAUAAAACUCCCUUUUAAAAUAUC